GCAGCAGCAGCAGCAGCCAAUAGGCAGAGCCGGGCCUGUAUCUCUCGCUGCCUUGGGUCGAGGCCUGGGCCUGGAGACCAGGGGACUCUCCCCAUCACCGCCUGGAGCCCUCUAGGUGCAAGCUGUUUCCACAGCAGCCAGCUCUGUGUGGUACCACUCGCUGAGCAAUUCCCAUCUAAACACCUGCGAUGCGUCGGGACCGGCCCCCGGAGCGGGCGGCCAGCUGGCCGGCUGACCAUGUCAUGGUGCUCAUCUCCUACUGGGCAGAGGCAGCUGCUGUGCACGAUUUGGGCUCCCAUGGCAGGAACAGAGUUGUCUAUGAUGGCAUCUCCCAGCGCCUGUCCAAGCUCGGCAUCUACCGCACCGGGGACCAAUGCCGGGAGAAGAUGAAAGCUCUGAAGGUUGCUUAUCGCAAGGCCAAAGAGAACAACGCGGCUGGGAGGCCGCCCAUGCGCUGCCCCUUCUACGAGGAGAUGGACCAGAUCAUGCAGCGCUGUGUCAACACCCGCUCCAGCCUCCUUGCGGAGAGCGGCGAGGGGCCCGGCACCUCAGACAGGCAGGAGGGCACAGCUGCCCCGGAAAGCUGGGAGGCACCAGCUUCAGCCUCUGACCAUUGGGGGACCCAGGCCACUGAGAGCUGGGGAUGUGAGGAGCCGGGCUACAUGCUCCCUGAGGUGCAGGACCCGCUAGGCGAGGUGCAGGCUGUGCAGGUGCAGGUGAAGGAGGAAGAGGCAUCCACGGAUGAGCUGCCACACGAGCCCGACCCUUCCCCAUCUGCAUCGGCGGAGCCCCAACCAGCCUCCCGGAAGCUGGUCUCAGCGCUGGACCGGCUCGUGCACCUCCGGGCCAGGAAGCGCAAGGCACGGGAGGAUGGGCCGCUGGAGACUCCACGGGGACCCAGCCAGAAGCACGGGCGCAGCCAGCUGGAGCUGAAGCGGGCGAGGCGCACUGGUGCCUGGAGGACGGAGGAGAGGCAGAGCCUGGCCGAGUUCAUCCAGCAUGACCGGGAGAUGCGGCGGGAGGACCGGGAGUUCCAGGCCCAGCUCCUGGAGAAGCUCUUCCAGAAGCAGCUGGAGAUGGUGGGGGCCCUGGCCCAGUCCGCACCCCCACUGCAGGAGCCAGAGCCGGUGGUGCGGGUGGGAGCUGGGCUCCAGUUCCACGCUCUGCUGGAGCAGGUGGUGCGAGCUCAGGCCAAGGGGCAGGAGGCCGAGGCAGCCGGCCCCGCCCCUGCAGGAGCCCCGGAGCGAGCAGGGAAAACGCCCCCUGGUGUGCAGUACUGGACGGCAGACGAGAUCUUGCGCUGGCUGGUGCCGCAGCAGCCGCUGAUCGGGCAGCAGCCUUGGGGCGAGCGGUGUCGGGAGGGGCUGCCGGGCCCCCUGGCCUCACGGGGAGAUGGAGAAGGGGGGGAGAAAGAGACUGAUCUCGCCUCCUCCAGACGAGUGACUGACACCUGCCAGGGGUCCAAAGGGCUGGGGGGAGCCCAACUUCUCCCUCCCCUCGGCGGGGAAGCCCAACAGAUCCAUGCCAGCCUGGAUGCCAGCGAGGCCGGUGACGGUGCCAAGGUGAAGGGAACUGCCCUGCGCCGCCACGACAUGGAGACGCAGCGCCAGCGCUUCAGGGGCUUCCUCUACCGGGAGGCCGAGGGGCCCCGGGAGGUUUACGGCCACCUGUGGGAACUUUCCCAUCGGUGGCUGCAGCCAGAGACCCGCACCAAGGAGCAGGUGCUGGAGCUGCUGGUUCUUGAGCAGUUCCUGAACCUCCUGCCAGAGGAAAUGCAGAGCUGGGUGCGGGAGCGUGGCCCAGAGAGCGGCCAGGAGGCUGUGGCCCUGGCAGAGGAUUUCCAGCUGGUUCCCCAGAAGCCCGGAUGGCAGCACCAGGUGCGGGUGCCAGCCCAGGAAGGGGCCAGGGAUGUUGGUGUGGUGCAGCGGGCUCUACUGGCCGAGCGGCAGAGGGCGCCCCAGGGAGCCAGCGGGCAGGAGAACGGCUGGAACGGCGGCUUGUUGGCUGCCACGCCGGGCGCCCCGCUGGCGCAGAGACCGAGCCUGGGGGCGAUCAAACCAGCUGCUCCCCAGCCCCUGUGCAACAGAGUGGGCUCCAGGCAGGGACAGCAAGUGGAGAAUGGCUUAGAACCGCGGCAGAGCACCGGGCACCUGCGGCAAGCAGAGAAGAACGCUGCCCCAGUGCCACGCCCAGCAGCUGGGAAGGCGACCGAGCUGUGCAGUACUGGCCCAGGAGAGCACGUGGGGACGGACGGUGUGCCACAAGGCAUAGCCACCAUUCAAGGGGGCAGCAGUGUCUCGGAGGUUCAGAAUGGGGUCACACAGCUGCCUGUGCCCUGCGCCCCAUGUGAGCAGCAGGCACCUGCUGGCCUUGUGCGGACAGAGUGUACCGGCUCCAAGGGUGACUGGACCUGUAGUCCCCAGCGCAGGAGCUCUGGACGUGCUUCCCCGGGGCUGGAUGGUCCCUUGAUCGGGGAUGUCCUGGAGACAUCCUUGGACUCCCCAUGGGAAGGAGAGGGCAGCGCAGAUAGAGUGCCAGAGGACGGCGCAGCCUACCCUGGGGCACGGCCCCGCUGCCUGGGCUGCACUGUGCUGCGGGCUGAGCUGGACGCUGCGCGGGAGGAGCUGAGAAUCACCCGAGCUUCCACACUGUACGGGCUGAGUGGCACCCACUUGCAGAGCCUGGCUGAGGCCCUGGGCACCAUCUCGCGGAUCCUGAACGACAGGAGGCCGACAAUGAACAAACCCCCCUGGGGUGCGUCCGAGAGCCUGGGCAUGGCCAUGACCCGACAGACACAGCUGUCCUGAAGCCCAAGUGCCUGGCGAGCAGCUGGCUGUGCCGAGGAGCCCACACGAUGUUCAGCAGCAGCAUCGGCAGCACCAGGGAGAAGGUGACGACCUCCCAUUCGAUCCCAGAGCCGCUAGCAUCGAGCCCCGUACUCGCGGCAGCGCCUGCAGCAGGGAGGCCUUGGACAGGACCUGAAGGGUGCUGGGCCGGCUGCCUGGGGGUGUUGGGAGCUGGAUCCAGCCGGGCCCGUGCUGAGCCAGGGCAGCUGGCGUCUCGUCACUGGACUUUCCAGGGAGCCUUUCCUACUCGACUAGCUUUUUGAUACAGUGUCCCCAAAGCCCCCUACUUUCCCCUUCACUUCUCAGGUUGGUCUCAAUAAAGCAAUGCGCAGAGCUCUGGGCCCGGUGUGUGCAGAGCAUGGGCAGGUAGAGCCCAUUGCUCUGUGCUGACUGUGGCUGUUGCUCUGGAACAGACUCUGUAGCUGUAGCUCCAUUGGCCCAGCAGCAGCCUGUGUUCUCAGUGGGAGUGCUGGGUGCUGAGUUCUUGUUACCACUUAGCCCCACUCUCUUGGCCUGUCACUGUGAUGGGGCAGAGGGGUUAAAGGUGAAUCCCAGCUCCUAGCACUACAGGGCAUGUGGGACAGUGCUGGCUCUGUCCCUUAGCAUGGCAUGCACCAGCCUGACCUUUGUUCCAAUGGAUCCACCUUCCUGGGAGAUAGAGCCUGGGGUGCCAGCUGCCUCCUGGCCUGUCAAUGCCCGGUACCCUCAGUGCAGACUCUGCAGUCUUCAUCCUUCUCCAGCCAGAGGAACCCAUCGCUUUCCCGUCUCUAGCCACCCCCACUCCAGGGGGAGGAGAGAACGGGUUUGUGCUGAAGGGCUGAGAAUAGGUGUGUGCUGCUCUCCUCAGGGAACCCAGAAUCGUGAGCCCCUCCACCUCAGCAAGAGGGAGCUUUGCUGGAGCUUCAAGUAUGUGGCAGCUCCCUGCCAUCCCAGUCUGUCCGCCUCACCAGCAAAUGCCUUGAGACUCUGUCAGUCUAAACCUUGCCUUGCACCCCAGUCCCCAGAGAUGUGUCUGCAGUGUCCAGUCCCUCUUACUGGGCACUCACAGAAACUAAGUUCGCUCCCUCCAAAAAGCCAGAGCCUGCACCUGCUUGUUCACUCAGCUGAGGUCUCACCCUUGAAUGCACAGUACUGAGAUGGUUUUGUAAUAAAUAAUAAAAAUAAAGAACACAGCUUGAAGUGAUACUAGGCAGGAAUAAGAGACAGAGAAGGAUUACAAACAAAAUAAAAAGAAUAUGCUUU